AUGGCGGACGGAGAAGAGGACAAUCGCAUCAGCGCCUUCAUUGAGCUGACCGGCGCCGACACCGACGAGGCUCGUGAAUAUCUGGAACGGACCAAUGACUCGGUCCGAAAUGCCGUCGCAGCCUACUACGCCGACCAAGACGAAGAGAUCGCUGAGGAAAGAGACGGUGAGAGAGAGUACGGAGAGUCGAAUACCGCCUCAGCAAGCAACGCAGAGACUCCCUACACCGGCCCGCGGACUCUCGACGGCCGUCCCGCUCCACAGUAUGCCUCAGCCUCAUCAUCAUCAGCGCCCAAGAAAGCCGUGAAGAAGAAGGGACUGGCCACUCUCAGCUCACUUGGCGGAGGUCACGAUCAUGACGAUGAUGACGAUGACGACGAUGAUGACUACGAAGAGGGCAAAGGACCUCGAGAUCUAUUUGCAGGGGGCGAGAAGUCCGGUUUGGCCGUCCAAGACCCCUCGCAGGGCCCGUCGAAUGCUCAGAAGGUGAUCAAGGAUAUUCUUGCCAAGGCCAAAGCCAACGCCCAGCGUCCAGAUGCCGAUCCGGCCGCCCCUGGCCCUUCAAGAAGCGCCCACUUCCGAGGCUCUGGCCAGACCCUCGGAGGCGAUGGCGUAGAGUCACGAGUAAUCCCCGACCCCUCAGGCAACCCGAUUCCCCGUGCGCAACCGGCCCGUCCAAACGACCCCCCUCAAGAGCGCGUUCUGCAUUUGUGGCAGGAUGGAUUCAGCAUCGACGAUGGCGAGCUGCGUCGCUUCGACGACCCUAACAACGCGAUGGACCUACAGAUGAUCCGACAGGGAAGAGCUCCGCUGCACCUGAUGAACGUACGAUAUGACCAACCAGUGGAUGUCAAGCUUCAGCAACACGAUGAGAACUGGCGUCCUCUGCCGAAGGUAUACAGACCGUUUGGAGGGGAGGGAAGACGACUGGGCAGUCCUGUUCCAGGAGAGCCGAGCGUUGCAACACCUCCUGCUGCUGCAAGCACACAGCCAGCUGCGAGCACCAGCAGCGCAGCUCCGACUUCUACGACGGUGGACGAGUCUCAGCCUACCAUCAUGAUCCGCAUUCAGAUGCCCGACGGGACCAGACUUCCGGCGAGGUUCAACACGUCUCAGACUGUUGAGGAUGUGUACGGCUUCGUCCAGCGCGCCUCGCCCGAGACUAGGAGUAGGGCGUGGGUUCUUGUGACGACCUUCCCGAACAAGGACCACACUGACCGCAGCUUGGUAUUGGGCGAGGUUCAGGAGUUCAAGCGAGGAGGCACUGCGGUGGUCAAAUGGGUGUAG